UAAGUUAAUUGGCAACACUAAGUCAUAAUUCCUUGAUUAUCUAAAUGUUGGGAUUAUGUUUGAUUUGUCCUGGAAAGAUAAAAUAAUAAUAGCUAUCAUAAUGUUUCAGAGAGUAUUACUGAUCUUAAGAAAAUAAAAAGUUCGUAUCAAGAUGAACGAGAGGGAUAUUCCAAGUGUUCCCAUUACAACAUUAGCAGGAGUAGCCAGCCUAACAGACCUAUUACCGGUGUUACCACUCCCAACACCAUUACCAUCAACACUUAACAACAAGUCACAACUGUUUCAUCCCCUAGUGGCUGAGGAAGCAGCAAAGUUACUGGCAACUCGUGACAAGGAUUUAGUCUCACAGCUGCUUGAUUCUCUUAUGCAAACAUCUGUCCGGAAUAUAGACCUGAAAGAUGAUAGUAUACCAAAUGCAGUCAGUCCACCACCCCAACAACAGCCUACGCCUGAGUUGCUAAAGGCCAUUUUAAGCAUCAAUCCCAGUUUUGAUCAACAACAACAGAACCAUUGGGGUAACAACCUACAUUCAUCAAAGUUUAAUGGAAUGUCGCCCUGUUCAUACAACUAUACAUCACAUAAUGCUGUGCCUUCAAGUCCGUCAACUCAUGGGACACCAAUUCAUUCUGCAACCAUUCCAAAUCAACAAUUAUUAGCUCCGCCAUGUCAAUCUUCACCCCAUGUGAACAUGGGAUCACCUCCCUCACAAGCAAGGCCAGGGAGCCAGGUGAACAUAACUGCCCAAAAUAAUAUUUCCCCCAUUUGGAACAGCGCAAAUUCUUCCAAUAUAUAUACAAGUCCACUAUCCAAUACUUCAUGUUCUACUCCACAAAAUGGUGGUUUCUACAAUAGUUUAGUUCAAGACACCCAAAAUUUCGCGACCAGUAUAAGCGAAGACAAAGAUCCAUUGUCAAUGUCACCGAGGAAUCAGUGUGAUCAACAAAGAUUACAUUUGCAAUCUCAGGAUAAAGCAUUUGAGCAAGAUGGUAAUGUGGUGACAGGUCAAUCGCCGGCGCAAGCCAGUGUAGCGCCGUCGCCGCUCCGACAGGAACCGCAAGUGCCUCAGCCGUCGAUGGGAGCGCCCUACGCACCUCCGCUCUCUCACAGCACGCACGAGAAGCAAGACCUUCACAAACCUGUUAAUACCAAUAGCAAAUAUCCUGUGGUCAAGCUUGGACGUUUAUCGGAGGGUCUAUUGAAGAAGCACGAGUUUUCCCAUGAAGACAGACCUAGGAAAAACAGUACACUUGAGUCAGAUUCCGACGAUAACAUGCCCUUGAAAGCGAAACCCAGUAACUUUACGCCGAAUGUAGAUAAAGAGAGAGAAGCAAUAGACAUAGCUAGAGAGAAAAAUUGGGAAGCAGUCAAGAGAAAACAUGAAGAAGCCAGCAAAAAAGUGGAGGCCGAAGCCGCAAUCGUGCGACCGAAACUUCGCAAAGUGGAGCGGCGUUUGGUACCGGUUUUAGAAAUGUUAUCAGUAGACGAACUGAUGGAAACAAACACCUACCAACGUUUCAACAAAUUAAUUGAAUCAGUAUUCGAAGCUAUUGACGACGAUAUAUUAAUAACGGAUGAAAUGGAAGGGACAGACAUACCCGAGGAAUUAUUACUACCGCGUUACCAACUGCAGGAGUUGAGUGCGGAAGCAGCUAAAUUAAAGAACCUUGGUGCUAUGGAAGCGAUACCUUCAGACAGAUUAGUCAGAUUGUUAAAUAUAUUGGAGAAAAAUAUUAGAGCAGCAGAGAAAAUGUCGCUUGUGGGUGAUCCUGAAGAUAGUGAAGAAAUGAGACAGAUAUGGAUAGAGUCGGCAUUAGAGCGAGUUAUGUGCGCGUCCGAUGCCUGCCUCACAUCAUUGUACAUAAUGACGUCCCCCAGUAUGCCCAAGCGCAUAUUUUUAGAAGAUGUUAUAGAUAGAAUUAUUAUGUUCAUAAAAUUCCAACUCAACAAUACUAUUUACUGUGUUUACGACCCAGUGUAUAGUAUUCAGACAACAUCUAAAAAGAAAGUGGACGGGCGCAAGCGGCGCGGCGGCGGCUCGACGCACGCCACGCGGCGCUGCGGCGGCUCCACGCGCGCCGUGAAGGAGCUGUACACGCACGCGCACGAGAGCGUGGCGCUGCUGGCCGAGCUGUUCGCGGCGCACCACCUCACGGACACCACGGUGCUGCACGCCUCCACCGUGGGCGUGUCGCCCUUCUUCGUCGAGAAUGUCAGCGAGCUCCAACUCGCCGCGCUCAAGCUCGUCACCACGAUAUUCACAAAAUACGAACAACACCGGCGACUGCUGCUGGAAGACAUCCUGGCGUCGAUAGCGCGGAUCCCGAGCUCGAAGCACAACCUGCGCUCGUUCCAGCUGAGCACGGACCAGCACAUACAGAUGCUCACGGCGCUGGUGCUGCAGCUGGUGCAGUGCGUCGUCACGCUGCCGGAGACGCUGUGCAAGUCCCAGGAUAAGGAUAAAGAGCACGCCGACACUUCCGAGAGCAAAAAACACAUAGAUAAAGAUCUAAUGAUAAUAUCUAAGUACGAAGCGGCAAUCAGUGUGGGUGGUACAUUCCUAACAUCAUUCCUAAACAAAUGCCGAAGUCGAUCGGAAGAAGUGGACUUCAGGCCUCUGUUCGAGAACUUCGUGCAUGACCUCCUGACCACAGUCAACAAACCCGAGUGGCCUGCGACUGAACUGCUGCUUAGCUUACUUGGUACAAUGCUUGUGAAGUACAUGUCGGACAAGUCGAUGGAGAUGUCGGUGCGCGUGGCGUCGCUGGAGUACCUCGGGCUGGUGGCGGCGCGGCUGCGGCGCGACAGCGUGCACUCGCGCGCCAAGCUCGCCACCAUGGACCACGUCAUACGCGACAUCCGCGCCGAGGAGGAGAAGGACGGCAACCAAGCACAGGGUGUAACUUUCGGCCUCGAUGAAGACGAAGAAAGAACGGAAUUUCUCCAACGCGUUUUAUUAGAUUAUCUAGCAAUAAACGGACAGAAAGACCAAGCCUGGAACUGCGCUCGACAUUUUUAUAUUACACAGUGGUAUAGGGACAUGGUUGUCCAACCGAAAAGCAGUUCGCCGACAAAAAGACCGAAAAAUAAAACGAAAAAGCGGCACAAGGACGAUUCUACAGAUGAAGAAUCUGAAAUUGACGAAGAUAGUGACGGUGGAAUAAAGGAAUCCAAGUCUGACAAGAAAAAUUGCACCAGCGCGAUCGUUUCCGCCGAAAAAUAUAAAACAAUAGAAAGACGUAAGCAUUUCUUUCUCGAGAAAAUAAGACCGUUCAGGUACCAGGGCGGCACGCAGGUCCAGGUGAUGCAGUCGUACAUAGACUACGGCGGGGCCGAGUUGAUCUCGCAGUACCUGGCCUCGAAGAGAUCCUUCUCGCAGAGCUUCGACAGGUAUUUAAGGAAGAUACUCGUGAUAUUGUGCGAGAACACGAUCGCGAUUCGUACGAAGGCCAUGAAGUGUCUAGCGAUGAUAGUGGAGGCGGACCCCUCGGUGCUGGCGCGGCCCGACAUGCAGAUCGGCGUCAACCGCUCCUUCCUGGACCAGUCCACGGCUGUGCGCGAGGCCGCCGUGGACCUCGUCGGCAAGUUCGUGCUCAGUCGACACGAUCUCAUCGACAAGUAUUACGGAAUGCUCUCCAACAGGAUAUUAGAUACCGGUGUAUCUGUACGAAAGCGUGUAAUAAAGAUUCUUAAAGAUAUAUGUAUAGAGUGUCCGGAGUUCCCAAAGAUCCCGGAGAUAUGCGUGAAAAUGAUCCGCCGGGUGAACGACGAGGAGGGCAUCCGCAAGUUGGUGAUGGAGGUAUUCCAGAACAUGUGGUAGCCGUGCGCGGCGGCGCGGCCCGGCGCGCUGGACAUGACGGCCGCCGCCGCCGCCGCCGACCCGCUCACGCGCAAGGUGCUCAACAUCACCGACGUCGUCAUCUCCUCGCGCGACAUCGGCCUCGAGUGGUUCCAGCAGUUGCUCAUGAGCUUGUUUAAACCCAAGGAAGAUAAAGAUGACUCAACAAAAAUAAUAUAUCAACCGCCUAAAUCCCUAUUAGUUGCUUGUCAACAAAUCGUAGAUUGUCUUGUUGAGAGUUUACUUCACUUGGAGGAAACAAGCACAGAUGGAACGGGUUCCUCUCAACGUAUUUUGGCGUGCCUUUCCACUCUGCAUUUAUUUGCUAAAAUAAGGCCUCAAUUACUAGUUAAUCACGCAUUAACACUUCAACCAUAUCUUAGCUUAAAGGGGCAGAACCAAUACGAACAGCAAAUAAUGUCGACGGUGGCGUCAACUCUAGAACUAGUUGUUCCACUGAUGGAGCACCCUAGCGAAGUAUUCUUGGCUCAGCUGGAGGAAGCCGCAGUGACGCUGAUACUGCAGCGCGGCCAGCUGGUCAUCGCGUCCUGUAUAGCGUGCCUAGCCGCCAUCGUCAACAACCUCACGCAUAACUACAAACUCAUACGGGAUGUGUUCAACAAAUACCACGGUAUCCUGCUCCAAUGGAAGCAAAGUUGGCAGAGGAACCCUGAUAUGACGCGGGCGUUGCACUCGAGGCCUUAUUUCCGGCGGGCAUUGUUUAUCGUAGGACUGCUUUUGCGGUACUUCGACUUUACAGAAGCAAAAGUCGUAGAAGGUCUUCCACAUGAUAUAAAAGAGCAGGUUUACUCAACGUUAAUGUUUUUUGUGGGGCUUGAGGAUGAAGACUUUGUGUCAAACACGCUGAAAGCGCUCGGUUCGGUGUGUGUGAGACAUUACGAGUUUAUGUUGCGGCCUGAACUUAAAGAGUUUUACCACCAGCUCCUUACGUCGGACUUGGCGCCGAUCGAAAUGAAAGCGGACGUGCUCAGGAACAUAGAAAUGUACUUACAAGAGGAGGAGCAGAGAAUGAUCAGACAGGAUAAAGAAUGGUCGAAGCGGUCCAAGCAUGAGAAUCUGAAAGAGAUGGGAGACGUGUCCUCCGGCAUGGCGUCGACGGUGAUCCAGCUGUACUUGAAGGAGAUCCUAGGCUCGUCUCUGCACCCCAGCACGGUGGUGCGGUCUGCCGCCAUGAAGGUGGUGCAGCUCGUGCUGGCGCAGGGUCUCGUGCAUCCCGUGCAGAUUGUUCCAUAUUUGAUAAGUAUGAGUACUGACUUGGAGGUGACGGUGUCACACACAGCUGAUAAAAACCUUCAAGAAAUUGACAAGAAGUAUCCUGGAUUUAUUCACAUGAAAGCACAACUCGGAAUCAAGCUGUCGUAUCAACUGCAGAAAAUAUUACAAUCGAACAUGGAAAGAGGUGUUAUACGAGGAUUCAGAAAAAAGGAUCAGGACGAUUUACCGACUGCCCUCAAUGGUUUUCUGUAUUCGUUAUUGCGUAACACACGGCCACAACGAAGAGCGCUAGUGUUAUCAUUAUUAAAACAAUUUGAUGAUGUUUCUACUGCACCUUUGGAUCAAAUGUUGUACCUGGCUGAUAAUUUAAGCUACUUUCCGUAUCAAGUACAAGACGAACCACUUUUUAUUAUACACCAUAUCGAUAUAAUUAUUUCAACCUCGGGAUCAAACUUACUACAGCAUUUUCGUGAGGGGUUGAACAAAACGAACACGGAGGAGAAGGAGCUGCCGGGGUCCGUGGAGGACGAGGAGGAGGACGACGAGGAGGCGGAGGCGCUGGUGGCGCGGCUGCCGGAGCGCACGCGCGCGCUGCGCGACGCCAUGCGCCAGGCGCGCGGCUGUCUGCUGCUGCUCGUGCUCAAGCAGCACCUCAAGCAGCUCUACGGCUUCACCGACGCGAAAAUAAACCAAUACUCCCCCUCAGAAAGCGUAAAAGUGUAUGAGAAAGCAGUGUCGCGACGGCACGCGCCCAUUUUCGAACCGAAAGCUACAAUCGCGCAACUGCACGAGGAUGAGUGCGAUGACGAGCUGGACGAGCGGGGUCGUCGCCGGCUCGUCGACGACUACCUCGAAUUCAAGCAGCUCAUGCUGAAGUUCGACCCCGAAGAGGAGGAGGAAGAGGAGUCGGGCGCAGCGGGCGCGGGGGAGCGGGCGGCGGUGCGGCGGCGGCGGGCGGCGCGGCGGGCGCGGAGAGCAGCGCAGGCGCGGCCGGCGCCGACACCUAGCGCCGCCCGCCGCGCGCGCCCGAGCUCGCCGCGCCACGGACCGAACGCGCCGUGCGGUAGACGCGGCGCCCCGGUGUGUGCAGUGUGCAGUGCGCGUGUGUCGCGGGCCGGCCGCGGACGUUCGCCGGUCCGUGAGGAGGACCGAUUCUUAUUUCUCUCGAUUGGUUAAUUUAUUUUACGUGAGGCCUUGGGUGCGCAGGUGCGGGCGCGGGGCGGUAGCGGCGGCGCCGUCCGUCUCCCUGUAUAAUAUUGUAUCCACGGCCUCGCCGCUCCGUCCCCGGGGCGCGAAUAUUGCGCAUUUCCGGCGAAUAAAAUUACUUUAUAUAAGUUAUAUGGAGAAACUUGGAUUUUGUUUUUUAUUAAAAGUCUUGUGUGUAGAUAAUUUUUAUGAAAAUAUAAAAUAUAUGUACCUAAUCCACUUGAGUUUUUUACCUUCUAUAUAAUAUUAUAUUUUACAUGAUAAAUCCAUAAAAAGUAAUAGAUAUAGAUAAAUCCUUAAUAUGCUUUAAAAAAUAUAAUCAUUGCGCUUAGUGACAGGCAGAAACAUCGACAAUACAGCCUUUAGACAAAACAACAGGGGAUUGAUUUUUGAAAGUACCUUUAGCAUAACUCAAUCAUAGUCUGCCGUUCAAUAUUUCCAAAACAAUUGCGACCACAACUGUGAGCCGUAAACACUCACGCAUUAGCAACGCCUUGUACAAAACAGUGGUGUGGUAAAUACAGGCAGACUCUGGGAUUUGAGAAAAAUUGCUUUACAUUACAUGUAAUAAUUUGGUUUAUUCAUAAUAUUAUAAACAUUACGGAAUUCAUCUUAUACUAGUCAUAACACAUUUGAUAUAUUUACCCCGUUGACGUCUUAUUGUUCUAUCUGACUGAAGUACAUUUUACACUUUCCGUUAGCAUUACACAGUGUUAGACAGUGUAGUGUUUCUAUGGCUA